CCUCCCAUCUCUUCCUCCAACUGCUAGGAGGGAGCCGUUGCAUCCAUUUUCCGUAGAAUCAAUGGGUCGGAUGAAACCGGCCGAAGAGGACGACUUUGAAUCCUCAGGGGCGAAGCAUAUCUCGACCCGUCCUAUAAACUGGAGGAAUGACGAAGACCGCCGGUGCAUCAGUGCUUGCCUUGUCCAGGCCACUUGGGUGAUUGAGAACGACAAGGAGAGGGAGAAGAGGGGCAAGUGCAAGUCGGAGAUGGCGAAGCCGUGGUAUCAGAGUAUCGGUUUCGAACUGAUGGAAGAGCUCCCAACGGGUUCCAUCAUUGACAAGAAUUACGCCCAUGGUACUAUCUUCAAGCUGAUGACGACGCCAAGACCUGAGCAUGCCCCAGAGUACGUGGUUGCCUUCCGAGGCACCAUGCUGAACCAUCCCAAUGCGUAUCUAGAUCUGCUCCAUGACUUGAAGGUGGUGUUCAGCAGGCUAACCACCUGCACGCGGGUCGAGGAGGCGCAUGUUUCGAUCAACCGUAAUAUCGGUGACAGCACCCUCUGGCUCGCGGGACACUCCCUCGGCGCGUCGCUGGCGCUUGAAAUAGGCCGAAACAUGAUGCUGGACAAACGCGGCUGCCAGCGAAACGUCCCGACCUUCCUGUUCAACCCGCCGCACGUGUCAUCGGCGCCGGUGGUCAACAGCGUUCUCAAGGGGAAGCACAAGACUCGGUUGUACCUCGGUCACUACGCGGUGAAGUACACGCUCGCCAACAUUAUGCCAUGGAACCGCAAGCGCAGCAAGAAGGUGUUCGAGGAGCUGGACUCGUGGUGCCCGGAUAUGUACAUCAAUCCGGCUGACUUCAUCUGUGUGGGACACAUGGAUUACUUCGAGCAGCGGCAGCUGGUUGCCGAGAAGCACCUUCGCUUUGCGAGUACAGGGAUGAGGACGUCGUACCGUGAUAUCUUCUUCUCCGGCAAGUUGCAGCCCCAUCUGCUGCCGACGGCGAGACUGUGGAUCAACACCACCCAGAAGGACGAACCGCACCCGCACGGGCUCAAGCACUGGUGGAUGCCGGAACUCAAACUCCAGAGAAAAUUCUACCAAGUACCAGAAAAUAUUGAACAAGACAAAAAAACACGCUGAAAUACUAUUACCAUGCUUCCAAACAGGGUCAAUGACCAGUGCUUUUUUUACUGAUACGCAUCUAUCAAAUCAUUGUAUGCAGUUUUACUUCAAUUGCAAA